AUGAAAGGACCUAAGGGAAAGCAGAUAUUGGCUCCCGAAAGGGAAAGAUUUCUUCAGUGUUGUGGAGACAUUUCAGUGGAAUUGGUUUCGGAUCUUAAGGAGGGUAGAGAAAUCAAGCUCAAUGGAAUCAUUACUCGAAAUUCCAAGAAAUACAAAUUGAAGCAACAGCCGAGAUUGACUGAUGUGAUUUCAUCCAUUCCAGAUCAAUAUAAGAAGUAUCUACUACCUAAAUUGAAGGCUAAACCUGUCAGAACUGCCUCUGGCGUUGCUGUGGUGGCUGUCAUGUGCAAACCUCACAGAUGCCCCCAUAUCGCUUAUACGGGUAACAUAUGUGUAUAUUGCCCGGGAGGACCUGAUUCCGACUUUGAAUACUCUACGCAGUCAUAUACGGGUUAUGAACCUACUUCUAUGCGCGCAAUCAGGGCUAGAUACGAUCCCUACGAACAGGCGAGAGGAAGAGUUGAGCAACUCAGACAGCUAGGACAUCCUGUGGAUAAGGUUGAAUACAUUGUUAUGGGGGGUACCUUUAUGUCAUUACCAAAGGAUUAUAGAGAGAACUUUAUAGUACAGUUGCACAAUGCAUUGACGGGCUAUAAUGGCACUGAUCUUGAUGAGGCCAUCCGAUUUUCUCAGCAAUCACAGACAAAGUGCAUUGGUAUUACGAUUGAAACUCGUCCUGACUAUUGUACACCUACUCAUUUAGACGAUAUGUUAAGGUACGGUUGUACUCGUUUAGAGAUUGGAGUCCAAUCAUUGUACGAGGAUGUUGCUAGAGACACGAAUAGAGGACAUACUGUGAAGGCAGUUUGUGAAACAUUCUGCUAUGCCAAAGAUGCUGGUUACAAGGUUGUUUCUCAUAUGAUGCCCGAUCUUCCUAAUGUGGGAAUGGAGAGAGAUUUGGAACAAUUUAAAGAGUAUUUCGAGAAUCCUGCUUUCCGGACCGACGGAUUGAAGAUUUAUCCAACUUUGGUGAUUCGUGGAACUGGCUUAUACGAACUUUGGAAGAACGGAUUGUACAAGUCUUACAAUGCCAACAUGUUGAUAGACUUGGUAGCACGGAUUCUUGCGCUUGUUCCACCAUGGACCCGUGUCUACCGUGUUCAGAGAGAUAUACCAAUGCCCUUGGUCACUUCUGGCGUCGAAAAUGGCAACUUGAGGGAGUUGGCGUUGGCCAGGAUGAAAGAUUUUGGUACUGCAUGCAGAGAUGUGCGUACAAGAGAGGUUGGCAUUCGUGAUAUACACUCUAAGGUGAAACCAGAUCAAGUUGAGCUUAUUCGUCGUGAUUAUUAUGCCAAUGGUGGUUGGGAGACUUUCCUUUCUUACGAGGAUCCAAAACAAGACAUUCUUAUUGGUAUGCUUAGACUCAGAAAGGCUUCUAAGAAGUACACUUAUAGAAAAGAGUUUAGAGCACAACCAACGAGUAUUGUUCGUGAGUUGCAUGUUUAUGGCUCCGUGGUGCCUUUGCAUUCGAGAGAUCCCAGAAAAUUCCAGCAUCAGGGUUUUGGAACUCUUCUCAUGGAAGAAGCAGAGAAAAUUGCCAAAGAAGAACAUGGUUCCACCAAGAUUAGCGUUAUUUCUGGUGUUGGCGUCAGAAACUAUUAUAAGAGACUUGGUUACGUGCUGGAUGGUCCUUACAUGUCGAAGAUGAUUUAA